AUAGAUAAUUUAUGUUCAAAGUUAUUUCGUUUACGUUAGCUGUGUGCUUUUCAGUUGUUAUAUUAGCAAUUUAUAAUUUUAAAAUUUAGCGCCCGAGCGAUUUUAGUUGAUCUUAAAUAAAUAUAAUUAUUUGCUUAGUCCUGCCCCUGAAUAAUAGUUUUUAUUUAUAUUGAGUUUAUAAAAAUUUAUCUGAGAAAAUUAUUUUAUGCUUUUUUGUUUUUUUGAAAACUCCAAAAUGGUUUAAAUUAGCAAAUAAUCGAAAAUGUAAACGGGAACAUUUCUGCAAUUUGUAGCGCAGUAUUUUUGCAGUAUAUUUAUAAGGCGUAAUCGCCGUGGGGAUUUUUACCCUUUCCACUUCUGGCCAUACUGCCUUAAAAUAGCGAAUUAGUAAAAACAUUGUUAAGCGUUGACGCCCCGAAAAGACAAUGUCUGUAAAAGCAAUUAGAUAGUAUUAAAACCGCAUCGAAAUGAGUAAACACAUUUGCACCCGCUGGGCCUUUGACCUGGGCAGCUGGAAACCCACACUUCCUCAACUGAGUCAAGCGGUGGCCUCAAUUCAACCAGAGGAAAGAGUUCGGCUCAUGAAGUUCCACUUCAUCGAUGACUUUCUGUCCUCACUAAUUGGCCGACUACUGAUGCGGAAAUAUGUGAGCACAUGCAGUGGAUUGCCGCACGCCCAUGUGAAGUUUGCCCGGGAUGUAAGGGGAAAACCGUACUGGGUGAGGGAGGAUAUCAAUGGGCCACCGCUUAGUUUCAAUGUCUCUCAUCAGGGAGGGCUAGUUCUCCUGUCGGGAAUUACGGGAGAUAGCAGUGAUCCUGAUUUUGGAAUCGGCACAGAUGUCAUGAAGAUCGAGUACAGUGGCGGCAAGUCCCUGUCGGAAUUCUUUCGUCUUAUGAAGAGGAAGUUUUCUGCCCAGGAAUGGAGCUAUAUUGGCAGAGCCCAGCAUGACGAGCAUGAACAAGUGAAGGCCUUCAUGCGACACUGGUGUUUAAAGGAGGCGUACGUAAAGGAGCUGGGUGUUGGCAUAACUGUGGACCUGGAGAAGAUCAGCUUUUCAGUGGAUACUUCUCACCCCUUAGAGUCGAAUGUUUCCCCUUUAAUCGGCACCAGUUUGCGUUGCCACGACAAACCCAUGGAUAACUGGCAUUUUGAAGAGCAUUUACUGCAGGAGGAUUACUGUGCUGCCAUUGCAUUCAGGAAUUGUUUGCCACAGGAGAAUGGAAGGUUCAAGUUCCUGCAAAUCGACGAACUUCUUGUUAAGAGUGAGGAGUCGGAACUGGAGGAAGUGAUUAGCUACUGCCAAAAGGCUCUUCUUAAGCCCUACAAGCGAUCAUGAAAUAUGCGAAUUCCAUAUAAAAAAUUAAACCUCAUAGCCCUGCUUCCAAAAGGUUCUGAUCAAAUCAUACAAACGUAGAUCCUAAAACAGAGUUGUUAUCCCUAGAAUAAACAUGCAUUUAUAUUUU